GCGCCCGCGCCGCCGCCGCCAUGGGGGCCUGCCUGGGCGCCUGCUCCCUAAUCAAUUGCGCCUCCUGCCUCUGUGGCUCUGCCCCCUGCAUCCUGUGUAGCUGCUGCCCUUCCAGCCCCAACUCCACCGUGACCCGCCUCAUCUUCACCGUCUUCCUCCUCCUGGGGGUGCUGGUGUGCAUCAUCAUGCUGAGUCCCAGUGUGGAGAGUCAGCUACACAAGCUGCCCUGGGUGUGUGAGGAGGGAUCUGGGACCUCCGUCAUCCUGCAGGGCCACAUCGACUGUGGCUCCCUGCUCGGCCACCGUGCUGUGUACCGAAUGUGCUUUGCUAUGACGGCCUUUUUCUUCCUUUUCACCAUGAUCAUGAUCUGUGUGCGCAGCAGCCGGGACCCCAGGGCUGCCAUCCAAAACGGGUUUUGGCUCUUAAAAUUCCUGAUCUUCUUGGGCAUCACCGUGGGCGCCUUCUACAUCCCCGAUGGCUCCUUCUCUGACAUCUGGUUCUACUUUGGCGUGGUGGGCUCCUUCUUCUUCAUCCUGAUCCAGCUGGUGCUGUUCAUUGACUUUGCGCACAGCUGGAACCAGCGGUGGCUGUGCAAGGCCGAGGAAUGUGACUCCCGGGCAUGGUACGCAGGCCUCUUCUUCUUCACCUUCCUCUUCUACUCAUUGUCCCUCGCGGCUGUGGCGCUGAUGUUCGUCUACUACACCCAGCCUGGUGCCUGCCACGAGGGCAAGAUCUUCAUCAGCCUCAACCUCACCUUCUGUGUCUGCGUCUCCAUUGCUGCUGUCCUGCCCAAGGUCCAGGAAGCUCAGCCCAACUCAGGUCUGCUGCAGGCCUCAGUCAUCACCCUCUACACCAUGUUUGUCACCUGGCUAGCCCUGUCCAACGUCCCGGACCAGGAAUGCAACCCCCAUCUGCUGACCCGCUUCAGCAAUGGCUCGGGCCUGGCUGGCCCCGAGAACUAUGAGACUCAUUGGUGGGAUGCGCCGAGCAUCGUGGGUCUCAUCGUCUUCAUCCUGUGCACCCUCUUCAUCAGUCUGCGCUCCUCCGACCACCCGCAGGUGAACAGCCUGAUGCAGACAGAGGAGUGCCCGCCCAUGCUGGAGGUCAUGCAGCAGCAGCAGCAGCAGCAGCAGCAAGUGUUGGGCGGCGAGGUUCGGGCCUUUGACAAUGAGCAGGAUGGCGUCACCUACAGUUACUCCUUCUUCCACUUCUGCCUGCUGCUUGCCUCCCUGCACAUCAUGAUGACACUCACCAACUGGUACAGACCCGGAGAGGCCCGGAAGAUGAUCAGCACGUGGACCGCGGUGUGGGUGAAGAUCUGUGCCAGCUGGGCAGGGCUGCUCCUCUACCUGUGGACCCUGGUGGCCCCUCUCCUUCUGCCCAACCGCGACUUCAGCUGAGCAGCCGCCUGCAGCCUGCCCACCUGGUGCCUCGGGGCUCAUGAAUGUGGAUGGAUGGAGUCUCUGCCCCUGCCCCCUCCAGGACUUGCCCAGGAGCUGGGCCCCUCUAUUCUUAGUGCCUUCAGGGAUGAGGAGCAUCAGGGCCACGCCUGAGCUCACCCUCCCGCUGCCCGACCACGGGGCUGCCUCUUCCCUUCCCUUACCCCCUGUCACCCACACUCACCCUCUUGUGGAAAAAGGGCCCCUGUUCUCAGGCUCCCCAGGAGAGGGUCCAAAAGAAGAGCAAUGCUCAGAGCCGCUCAGAGAGCGGGAGAAUGCCCCACAAUGGGUGCCCGGCACUGAAGCCCGGGCCUUCCCGCCCUGCCCCCAGGGUACCCACCCCUUUCCUGGACCCUGUGCCUUACUAAGUCUCCAAGACUGCCCAAUAAACAAGCCAGUGCAUGCACCUUUGUGUCCU